ACAGUAAGGCGCAAGUUUUGUUUUAAAUAUGGCUUCGGAUGAUGUUAAAAUGCGAGUUUGUGAUGUUGAUGAAAUUGAAAGUAAUGCUCAGAUAAACAAUCAGAAGAGUACACAGAAGAGUCAUAUACCAUGGGUUGAAAAGUAUCGUCCUAAAACAUUUAAAGAAAUUGUUGGCAAUGAAGAAGCAAUUGAGCGUUUUGAGGUAUUCUCACGAGAAGGAAAUAUACCAAAUGUCAUAUUAGCUGGGCCACCUGGAGUUGGAAAAACAACUACUAUUUUAUGCUUAGCAAAAAUAAUGUUAGGUCCCUGCUUUAAAGAUGCUGUAUUGGAAUUAAAUGCUUCAAAUGACAGAGGGAUUGAUGUAGUUAGAAAUAAAAUCAAGAUGUUUGCGCAACAGAAAGUUACUUUGCCAAAAGGAAAACAUAAAAUAAUCAUUUUGGAUGAAGCUGACAGCAUGACUGAAGGAGCUCAGCAAGCCCUGCGGAGAACCAUGGAAAUUUACUCAAAAACUACUCGAUUUGCCUUAGCAUGUAAUGCAUCAGAUAAAAUUAUUGAGCCCAUACAGUCUCGAUGUGCUAUGGUGCGUUUUGGUAAACUUUCAGAUUUGCAGAUUCUUGCAAAAAUUAUUGAAGUUUGUAAAAAAGAAAAUGUGAGCUAUACUGAUGAUGGUCUUGAAGCAUUGGUUUUUACAGCACAAGGUGACAUGAGACAGGCAUUAAACAACUUACAGUCUACAUAUUCUGGAUUUGGUCAUGUAAAUAGUGAAUAUGUUUUUAAGGUGUGUGAUGAACCUCAUCCAUUGCUUAUUAAGGACAUGUUGAAACAUUGUGUUGAGUGUAAACUUGAUGAAGCCUACAAGAUUUUGUUGCACCUUUGGAAACUUGGUUAUGCAUGUGAAGACAUAAUUGCUAAUAUAUUUAGAGUUUGCAAAACUCAUGACAUGCCUGAAUAUUUAAAACUUGAAUUUAUUAAGGAAAUAGGAUUAACACACUUAAGGAUUAUUCAAGGUGUACAGUCACUUUUGCAGUUAUCAGGACUUCUGGCACGAUUAUGUAAAAAAGUCAAAAAUGUCCCAGUCUAGCCAUGUUGCUUUUAUUUUAAAUGUAAUAAUCAUUGUAUCAUUUAUGCUUGUAUAAUAAAAAGUGAAAUAUCAAUUUAUGGAUAUAAAUCAUAUAUAUAUUUA